GUAAAAAUUGACUUCCUGUAACGGAACUGGAAGAUAUCGAUAUUUUUUAUUUAAUGUUAGCCAUUUUAAAUCAUUAUUUCUGAAUGUAAGGGUUGUUUGAAACUUUUCCGUACUCCAUUCUGCACACAACAGCCUUUUUACAUAUUCAGUGCCUGACCUUUUAUGUUUUAAGCUGCAUCUGUUUGUACUCUACCAAGUAGGUUAGCUACUGUGGCUAAUUCUGCAAGCCUCCAUAGAUUUCUGUAGCAUACAGCGGUUGGCGCUUAGCUGACUGGUGUGCAUUGUGUUGACAAAACAGAAACAAAACGCUGCGUGACCGCGUCGUAAGAAAGGUAAAACCAAAACUAUGGAUGCAGAAGCCUCAAACCCAGCCGCCACACCCACUCCCUGUGAAGACAGUCAGGGAGAUGGACGGUGGAUGUCUCAGCACGUCCGCUUUGUUUCUGAGUGCAAAGAGAGAGAGCCAGAUGUCGUAUUUGUGGGAGACUCUCUUGUGCAGCUCAUGCAUCAGUUUGGGAUAUGGCGGCAGUUGUUCUCUCCUCUCCAUUGCCUUAACUUCGGAAUCGGUGGAGAUGCAACACAGCAUGUGCUGUGGAGACUGAGCAAUGGAGAACUGGAUAACAUCAGCCCAAAGGUCGUGGUGCUGUGGGUUGGCACGAACAAUCACGGUCACACAGCUGAACAGAUUGCCGGGGGUAUCAUGGAGAUUGUCCAACUCAUCCACAACAAGCUCCCCAACGCCCACACGCUUGUACUUGGUGUUCUUCCCAGAGGUAGAAUGCCAAACCCUCUACGACAGCGAAACGCCGAGGUGAACGAGCUAGUCCAGGAUGCCUUAUCGUCUCUGUCCCACGCCUCCUUCUUUAACGUGGAUCCAGGUUUUGUCCUUUCGGAUGGAAGCAUCUCCCAUCAGGAUAUGUAUGACUACCUUCAUCUGACUGCUCAUGGAUACCAGGCUGUGUGUGAACCCCUGCAUGCUCAAAUCAAGUCUCUGUUAGAAAAACCAGCGGAGAACUGAGUAUCCGGCUUAGAAGCGUACACUACCCAGUGGUCUUCGUCCCUGUUUUCAGAGAGCAUUGCCCUCAGCUUUAUAAGGCUUUGGAUGUUGGAUAGAAUCAGUUAAUUAUAAGGGCUAAGAGCAUCAUUUAAUCUGUAUAAGCCUUCUCUAUAACCAGGGUUGGUGACCACUGUUAUUGAUAAGCGGACCAUAAGGUUUUUUUGUGUUUACGAUACAGUCAAAGACGAGAUGUGUUAUAUUAUAGAGAGACGGUGUCAUUCUUGACCCCUACAGCUUCGUAUUCCAUCUCUUUUAGGGUAUUUUUUGCAUGAAAUUUAUAAUUUUCACUGUUACAACAUAUGCAGAUGAACAUGAAGAGGGCAUCUCCACACAGCACCGGUAAAAGAAAAUCGGAUAAUUUCACAUCCUCAUUUUCUGUGAUAAGACGUUAGAAUUAUGUGUCAACUUUCCAGUCGAAUUCAUUCUUCAGGUCAAUUACUGCAGAGUAAUUGAAAAAACCUUGUCUAUGAAUAAGUGUUGCACAUCUCAUCCCUUUUGCUCCAUGAACCUGCAAAUUUUCUGAGGGAUUAAUGAAUUAAAUAUUUCACUACUACACUGCCUUUCUGACGGAACUGGAUCAAUGUCCAGUUGGAAACUGGUUUGAAACCCCUCAGAUUUGUGCCAGAAUUUGCAUGCAUGCUAGACACAGCAAACCCUCUCACUUGACCUAUUCUUUCUUUGUAUCAUUCAUUUCUAUGGGUUGGUUUUAUUUUAUUUUUUAUUUUUAUUUGAUUUUGGUCUUUGUGGUAGGAAAAGCUGAGGUGGUAUACGAAGUGUUGAAGAUGGCUUUGCUUCAUGGUGAUCCAGGAAUCUUGAUGAAAGUUUCUUGAAACAAACUGGAAAACAACCAUCAUUCAUGAUGCAAAAUCAGACAGUGCUUUAAAAAUGUCUGUAUCUUUACUGUGACUUUAUUUUUUCCUUUUGUAUAUGUUAAGUUCCAUGAACAAAAAGUUGUCUUUGUCUAUGUGGCGAAUAGUUUACCAGUCAGUUUAUUUUACAUCAUGUCAUGUUACCUCUUUGCCUUCAUACCUUUUUCUCCUCACAUAUUGUAAUGGCAGUAGAGUUCCAUGUUAGUGGCUGUGUAUUUCCUGUGAUCAUAAAUGUAUUAGAUUCAUCGAGUUGCUUGUGUUUCAAAUUUGAACUUUUCUGCAACAUAAUGGCUCACUCACCCAUUUAAGAUGCUUUACUUCAUACUAUGAUGCUUGGGAGCCGCUUGGAUAAGCAAGGUGUCACGGAAACUUGAAACGGUCAAGGAUGAGUGAUUGUGCAAGUGAUGAAAGAAAUGCAUUAAAUUUCCAAACAAAACGGUUUCAGUGUCAGCUGACUGAUUUUAUGUGAUCUCUUUUUGUUGAAAUUGACAUACUGACAUCCACUGAAGCAAAGCUGCAGUACAUUUUAAUGUCUUCAAGAUUGAUUGCUAACCAUUAGGUUCAGUAAGAGUACACGCACGACUAAACACUUUUGCUUGCACAGGUUUGUUCUUUUCCCAGGACACGGUUUUACAUUAUCUGAAAACAAGAACAUUUUAUGCUAUGUUAGUCUCAAAAAGCCACACUAUACACUUCAUUCUUUUAACAUUUUGCACAAAUGCCAAAAUAUUGCAAAUACUGUAAGGGGCAUUUAUGUUUUACCCACAUAUGAAAUCCAGUACAACUGUUUUUUUUUUUUUUUUUUUUAUGAAAUGAACACUAAUAGCAUCCAUUUGUAAUUUAAUCUCAUUAUUAAUCCAGUUUUUUCAUAAUGUCCUCCAAGUUUUGUUUAGAGAACAAACUAAACAGGUCAGGGAGAAAGUUGUAGUAAAUUUAAAGUGGGGUUAAAUAAUAUCUCAAGUUUAAAAACUUAAUAGAGCUCAGUUCAAUCUUCUGAAAAUGGAAUGGAGUAUGGGACAACUGGAAAUAUACCAAGAGAUAAUGGCUCACCUGUAAUUUGAGAAUAAAGAGAUCAAAUAUAAACUACCUGGUUAGGUCCACACAGUGCAGUAACAAAACACCGUAUUUAGGGGGAACUGGUGGAAGGGUCAUGCAGUGGUGAGGCUUUUCUUCAGAAGUGAAAGGAAAACUGGACAGACUACAGGGGAGAAUGGAAAAACACUGUUGCAGUGUACAAAGGAGUAGGGACUGCAGCUGAGGUUCAGCUUUCAGCUGGUUAGUCAUCAUCAGCAAACAGCCAAAAGUUUAAUUGUGUGGUUCAGUUUAAAACAUGUUUAUGCAUUAAAGUGACCCAGAAGUCCAGAUCAGGGGUCCUUUGAAGCCUCCACAACGGGUUUUAAUAACUUUGACUAAAAAUGUUAUGUCUUUCAUAUAACAGCAAAACAUAAGAUUUUGAAAUCAAGGACAAUUUUAUUUCACAAUGUAAAAUAAUGCUAAAAUUAUUGAAAUUCUGAUUAAAUGAAGCAUAAGCUUGAUUUCAAUACUCCAAUAACAAUUAGUCCAUGUCAGAUUUACAUGACAGCGGUUAAUCCAUCGGUCGACAUCAGUCAGCUGACAUGGUUACUGCUGGAUCUGAAACCAUAAUCAAAUUUAAGUUGUAUCUUAAAGCAGUUUUUUUUCCCAAGAAGCUUUAAGGCAAGUCUCAAAAAUAAACAAGUAAGACACACUAAUAUAAUUUAUAAUCAGUGAUUUUUAAAAAAACUAAAUCAAAGUAAUAUGAUCACAAGUUAAUCUUUUAAUGAACAAAUUCCAAGGUUUUGUAUUUCAGGUCAGUUCAAGCUGCUAUUUUCUCACAGCUACAAGCUAUUACUCAAACCAGAUAAGAUUUCUUGGCAAGUGUUCAAGUCCCUUCUCAAAAAAUGAUGGGUGGGACAGGCUUCAUCCUGCUGGCUGGGGAUGAAUGUGUGACGGAUGUGAUUUCAGACACAAACACCAACCUUUAUAAGGAGCCAGAUAAACUGGUGUGGCUCUUAUUUGCUUUCCUGAAACUGUAAUUAGGAGCAAGAGCCGGAUUUAUUUUACUGAACAAACUGAAAAUCCUGACUUCACAAAAAAUGGGGCCGCAACAGAUUUUGCUGCUUGGGCUUGGAUUGCUCAUUCUGAUUGACUAUGGCCAAGGUCUUUCUAAAAUUAAGGAAGAGUCCCUGGUUGAUGGUCCAAAUACUGAUGUCUUUGCUGUUGGACUCCAUAAGAUAACGUCACGUUCAAUCCACGGCAAAAAAUACAAAAAAAAAAACUGCCGCUGUAAAACUGCUGCAACAGGAAACGGGUCAGAAAAAACAACUUGCCAGAGCGACCCUGGACAAUUGAACCAGUGCAUCAAGACAUGCAAGAGUCCAAGAAGGUGCAAGUCGAAGCAACCCAAACCCCAAUCCAGCCCUCUCUGAGCAACGACGCCUCCUUGUGGCAUGUAAUAAUACAUACUUUGACUGUUACGUAAUUUUUUAAAUUUUUUUAAUAUUUUUUUUUUGCAUAAAUAUUUUACAUUUUAAACAGAGUGCUGAUUACAUUUUGCAGACAGUUUGCCCAUAUUACCACAAAACUGUUAUAACCUCUUCAAUAAAGUCUCUGUAAUCAA